UCGGAAUUGUAUCAUGCAGCAUCACAUUUAUUAAGAAGAAUAACUUCUGUACAAAAACAUAAUUUGUAAUAUGUUAAAUAGUUUUAAAGAAUGAUGUCUGGGAAAUAUAUUUAUACAUGUUUCCUUCUAUUCUUGUUUCAAGCAGCUGGAAGCAAAGCUACAUUGGUGUGCAAUAAAUGUAACAGCAGUGAAAGCUUAGACAAAUGUCAAGACGUUAUUCAAUGUGGAAACGAGCAAUCAUGCUUUACCGAAAUACAAACCAAGGAUGAACAGAUCACAUACACAAUGGGCUGUACCGAUAAUCAGAAUUGCGGAGAGAUUCCAGAAAAUGUUUCAGUUUCUAUGCUUAAUUCACUUCCUAUCAAGAAAUGUUAUGAAUGCUGCGAAAGCAAAGGAUGCAACUAUCACCUUUGUAAUAAUCCAAAACCUACAUUGGUGUGCAAUAAAUGUAACAGCAGUGACAGCUUAGACAAAUGUCAAGACGUUAUUCAAUGUGGAGACGAGCAAUCAUGCUUUACCGAAAUACAAACCAAGGAUGAACAGAUCACAUACACAAUGGGCUGUACCGAUAAUCAGAAUUGCGGAGAUAUUCCAGAAAAUGUUUCAGUUUCUAUGCUUAAUUCACUUCCUAUCAAGAAAUGUUAUGAAUGCUGCGAAAGCGAAGGAUGCAACUAUCACCUUUGUAAUAAUCCAAAACCAACAUUGGUGUGCAAUAAAUGUAACAGCAGUGACAGCUUAGACAAAUGUAAAGACGUUAUUCAAUGUGAAGAGGGACAAUCAUGCUUUACCGAAAUUCAAACCAAGGAUGAACAUAUUAUAUACACAAUGGGCUGUACCGAUAAUCAGAAUUGCGGAGAAAUUCCAGAAUAUGUUUCAGUUUCUAAGCUUAAUUCACCUUCUAUCAAGAAAUGUUAUGAAUGCUGCGAAAGUAAAGGAUGCAACUAUCACCUUUGUAAUCAUACAGAACCAUCAACGAGUCAAGAUGACAAGAGAAUGGAUUGUGCAAAACUGAAUGAAAUGUUUGACACAUGUGAAGACAUAGAUGAUGCCAAGUUAGUUUGUCCAAAAUUAUGUACAUUGUGCCGUCUAGUUGAUGGUAACUGGGCAGAUUGGUCGCAGUGGUCAGCAUGUGACGUGACAUGUGGGAAUGGAAAACAUACUAGAAUGAGAUCAUGCACAAAUCCAGCGCCGAAAUACCAGGGCUUAGAAUGUGAAGGAGAAAAGAUCGAUUCAAAAGUUUGUCAACGACCACUUUGUCCAGUCCAUGGCGGAUGGUCAAGUUGGUCUAAUUGGACUGCUUGUCCGGUAACAUGUGGAAUAGGAAUGCAAAAACGGCACAGAAAUUGUUCAAACCCAUAUCCUUUGCGCUAUGGUGACCAUUGUUUUGGUGAUCCAUUGGAAUUCAAAAAUUGUUUUGAAAAGCUAUGUGAUGGAGGUGUAUGGGGAAGUUGGGAGGAAUGGGGAGCAUGUAGUGCCUCCUGUGAUAGUGGAAUACGUAAAAGGUCAAGAUCUUGUGCAAAUCUGGUUGGAACGAUAUGUAGCGGGAAUUCGUUAGAUGUCCAGCUGUGCAAUAUACAUGAGUGUCCUUGUAGAACUUUACCAACUCUACGAAACGGUGUUUUAAAGCUGCAGUCGGAAUCAUCCUCAAAUAUAACAUAUAACAUUAUAUGCAACGAUGGAUAUCAGGUAUCAGGUCAGAAUUAUUCAAUCUGUGACAAGAAAUCCGGAUGGAACGAUAACUCAAAUUGUGAUACAGUUGUUUCGUGUGGAAAACCAGUCACACCAUCGAAUGGACGGCUUGUUUUUGCAAGUGGAAUCACAUUCAACUCAAUCGCAAAGUUUGAGUGUUUGAGUAGCUUUAGCGCAUAUGGAAACCCAAUCUCAACAUGUUUACGUGAUGGGACAUGGUCAAAAAUUGUAACAUGUAUAUCACCGGUUUCCACGUGUGCGAAGAAGACGUCCUACAUCACGAGCUUUUCAAAUGUUGCACUCGGAAAGCACGCCACACUUUCUACAGCCAAGUCUUACAGUAAGAGUACGAGUAUGACUGACCGCAAUUAUGAUACUUACGUUCAUACGUUACUCGAUCUUAAUCCAUUCGCCAUUAUUGAUUUAGGACAGGAGUAUGAUAUUGUUUCUUUCUAUGUGGUAAACCGUAAAGACUGCUGUGUGGACAGGCUACGUGACGUCGUCAUUCAGAUAGGGGCUGAGCUUUCCAGUUUAACAACUGUUGUUCGUCAAAGGGGAAGAAUGGGUACAAAGUGCAUGUUUGAACUAGUGAAGCCAAUCAGAGGUCGUUUCGUGAAAUUAAUGAUGGAAGCAAAAGAGUAUUUACAUAUCGCAGAAUUGGAAGUGUACAGUAAAAGGAACAAUUGAUUUGAUUAAAAAGUCAAUUUUUCUAUAUCUAAAUCACCGUGUGUUUUUUUUCUCUUAUUUCAUUUCAAAAUAUGUUUUGUAAUGUUGACUUAACAUCAACUAAUGUGGCUCUUAAAUAUUGACUGUAAAAAAUUGCUUUAAUUGUUUCAAAUUUAAGUGGAAAAAAUCAAAUUGAUCUUUUUCUUUUUGUCUCUUAUAAUUUAAAAGGAUUCUAACUAACUAUACUUUUAUUGAAAUAAAACUUUUCAAUGAAAAAAUCAUAAACUUUUGUUUCCAUUAGCUUUGUUAAAGAACUUGUUAGAAAGUUGUUCAUGUAUUCAGGUAGAUAUUCUAAAAAAACUCUGACAAAUCAGUCGCCUUAACUAUUUUUAUAUCUUAAUUGUAUAAAUAGUAUUACCCAGAUAAGCUUUUUCUCAGUAGGACUAAUUAACACAAAUCAUAAAGCAUUUUGUCUAAAACAAUAUAUUUACAUUUCUAAUAAACCAACGUAAAUAUC